UGGAUAACCAAAUUAACCCUAAACAACGCGACCUCUGUGAAUUUUCGGAUUCCUUCGAACUCAACUCCACUCUCUAAUGGACGACGAGACCCGACCACCAACGAGUCCGGAUCCCGAGGCGGAUGAUACGAUGAUCCAGGACAAUCCCUCCUCCACCGUCCUCGACCUCACCAGCUUCCAGCUCCACGAUCUAGAUUCGGUCGAGUUGCACCCGAGUCUAACCGAAUUGGACCUGACGUCGAAUCGCUUGUCGAACUUGGACCCUCGAAUUGGCCAGCUCUCCAACCUCAAAAAGCUGUCUCUCCGUCAAAACCUCAUCGAUGACAACGCCGUCGAGCCGAUCUCUCGCUGGGACGCCUUGUCGGGCCUUGAGGAGUUGGUGCUCAGGGAUAAUAAGCUGACGAAAAUUCCUGAUGCCAGCAUAUUCAGGAAGCUUUUUGUUUUUGAUGUUUCUUUCAAUGAAAUUACGUCGUUACAUGGACUUUCCAAGGUGUCCAACACGCUCAAGGAACUCUAUGUGUCCAAAAACGAGGUUACUAAAAUAGAGGAGAUUGACCAAUUCUAUGAUCUGCAAAUUCUUGAACUUGGAUCUAACAGAUUGCGGGUGAUGGAGAAUUUGCAGAACUUAACAAAUUUACAGGAGUUGUGGCUGGGGCGAAAUCGUAUCAAAGCAGUAAACCUAUGUGGGCUGAAAUUCAUCAAGAAAAUUAGCUUGCAAAGCAAUCGUUUAACUUCUAUGAAAGGAUUCGAGGACUGCGUCGGUCUUGAAGAACUCUACUUGAGCCAUAAUGGUAUUGCUAAAAUGGAAGGCUUGUCAUCUUUAGUAAACCUCCGAGUUUUGGAUGUAUCAUCAAAUAAGCUAACGUCAGUGAAUGACAUUCAAAACCUGCAGCAGUUAGAAGAUCUAUGGCUUAAUGACAACCAAAUAGAUUCACUUGAAGACCUCGCUGAGGCUGUUUCUGGUUCAAGAGAGAAGCUCACCACUAUCUACUUAGAAAACAAUCCUUGUGCUAAGUCUCCAACUUAUUCGGCUACUCUGAGACAAAUCUUCCCAAACGUCGAGCAAAUUGAUUGCAAUGUAUUUGCUUAAAAAUGUGGCUACUGAUUCUCUCAGGAGCAUUACAGGAAGCCCAUCCAGAUGUGACAAACCUCUGUGAGUUAUUGCCUAUUUAUGCGAUUGCCUGUUGUCAUAAUUGAAUGUUGCUGCCUUCAACUUAACAGACCUGAGUGUUGACGAGCCAGGCUUGUAGGCGAAUGUUGGUCCCAGAGGUUGCUUAAAAACGCAUAGUAGUGGUUUUGGAAGAAUUUGAUGGAAAUUAGAAGGAGCUAUAUACCGAUCAAGUGGGGGAUAGGGGAUAGGGGAUAUUGAAGACUCGUGCUUGCUCAUUGGUUGUGGCAUUUAAGAUACUCUUUAACAAUUUUCUUGAGACCGCCACCCUGGCCCCAUUUUGAUUUUCUGGCUAACAUUUGAAGUAAAUGAUGUAUCCUUAUUGUAAUUUAAGAAACUGUUACUUAAA